AUGACCAGAAAAAAUCGUAGUCCCAAAGAAUUUUUUUUAAUGUUACUAAAUCAGCAUCUUAAAUUUCUUGGUAGGGUAAAGAAAACAAUCCCGGAAAACCAUCAUUUUCUAAUCGACAAACAAGAGAACAAAACCAACCAAAAAAUUGCACUAGUAAACAACGUAUUUACUUUAGAUUAUGAUAAAGCCAUUAAAGAAUUUAAAAACGAACAAAAAUCUUUUAAUCAGCAAAUCGAUAGGAAAUUGAAAAAAAAGAUCGAAAUGAAAGACGAUAAAAUCAAAGAGCUGAAGUGGAAAAAUAGAAUUUUAAAUAACGAGAUCAACACUCAAAAUGAAACUAUUAAUGACAAAGACGAUCAUAUUGAUGCUUUAGAAAAACAAAUAAGCAGCUUGCGCAUCAAAUAUGAUGAGAGUGUAGACAAUAAUUUAAUCUUGAGUAAUAACUUAGAAUCAGAACGUACUCAAACUGAGAAAUUAAGAAAAGAAAAUGAGGUUCAGAAAGACUAUAUCGAAAUUAAAGAAAGCGAUUUAAAGAAACUUGUCGAUGAAAGACAUGAUCUUGAAAAAAAAAAUAAUGAGUUGACAUUGUUCAUUGAAAGCUGUUGUAAUGAAGAAGACGAAAACGAUGAUAACGAUGAAAAAGAGGAUGAAGAGGAAAGACAAUGGAGGCAAAGUCAAAUGGUUUAUUUUAAUCAAAUGGAGGAUGAAGAAAUACUUAUUAAUGAAGAG